AUGGAGCCGUUCCCCCAGCUCCCGCUUGCGUCGUCCACAGGUUGCGUGCACGCGUCGGGCUCCGGACUGUCCGUGGUGAGGCGCAGCGCCCGCAGGAUGCCAACCGAGCAGAGGCGCCACAUGCCCCCGGCCCACUUUCUUCCGGUGGAGUCUGAAUCGUCCUCCUUCCCCGACGAGCUUCGCUUGCGUCCUGAGAGGCAAGUUGGACUACUGAAGCAAGGUUGCUUUCCUGAGCAUGCUGGCAGAUUUGCUUGUUCUCCCCUGCAAAAGCUCAAGCCUAUUGGUGCAACAGUAGUGGAUCAGCUAGAUAUUAUGCAGCCAUACAAGCUAAUGGACCAGAAAGUGUCAUUUGGCCUUGAUGACAAGUUGGAUGUUAAGCUGCCACCAUCUUCCUGGAGAGAGGAUCAGGAUCCAGCAAACCAACGUGAUUCUUUUCCCAAGCCAUUGGUUUCACCUCUGGAAGGUAGAAGGGGAAGUUUAAAUGGGAUCCAAUAUGAAAGCGGACUUUUCUCCAGCUCCCUUCCAGACAUUUUUGACAAGAAAAUAAGAUUAACGCCAAAGAACAGUGUUGUUGGUCAGCUGGUUGAAAAAGUUGAUCUCAACCAUGCCGAUGACGAGCCUUUUGAGUUGACAAAGGAAAUUGAGACCCAAAUAAUAGGGAACCUGCUCCCUGACGAUGACGACUUAUUGUCAGGUGUUUUUGGUGAUAUUGGGUAUACCCAUGCUAAUAAUCAGGAUGAGAUUGAUGAUGAUAUAUUUUUUACUGGAGGUGGAAUGGAAUUGGAAGCAGAUGGAAAUAGCAAAUUGUCAAAAGUAAAUGGUGGAGCUAGUUAUAGUCAGACUAGGUCAAUUGUCCAACUGAAUGGUGAGCGACCCUCGAGAAUCCUUUUUGUCGGAAACAUUGAUAGCAACAUUGAGGACUCUGAAUUGAAACUCAUGUUUGAGCAAUAUGGAGACAUGCAGACACUUAAUGCUUCUUGCAAACAUCAUGGUUUUGUGAUGGUAUCUUACUAUGAUGUAAGAUCGGCAGAAAAUGCUAUGAGGGCCCUUCAAGGCAAGCCACUCAGAUGUAGGAAACUUGACAUACAUUACUCCAUUCCAAAGGACUAUCCUUUGGAGAAAGAUAUCAACCAGGACAUGGUAAUAGUUAACCUUGACCCCUCGAUAACUAAUGAUGAUCUGCACCAGAUAUUUGGUGUCCUUGGUGAAAUCAAGGAGAUUCACCCUAUUUCAGACAAUGAUCAUUACAGAUCGAUAGAAUUUUUUGAUGUCAGAGCAGCUGAAGCUGCGCGAUAUGCCUUAAAUAGGAGUGAAAUUGCAGGAAAUAAAAUCAAAUUGGAGCCUAGCUGUCUGGGUGGUACUAAACGUUUGAUGCAGCAGAUGUCUCGCGCGUUGGAGCAUGAACGGUUUGGUGCAUGCAAACUGGGAAGCCCAAACAGUCCUUCAACAUGCUUUGGUUCCAUCAAUAUGGCAUCCAUCAGAUCCACUGGCACAGAAAGUGGAACUGUUCAGGUUUUACGUUCUAGAGUUCAGACACCGAUAAACCAAUUCCGAGAGGGAAGAAGUUUUCUGGAUCUUCCCUCAACUACCAUAAGAAGUAGAUCCUCUCCUGUUGGAAUUGCAACUGCAGGAUCACAAAGCAGCCACCAUGCUCUUGAUGAGCACAUCCAUUCACUUGGAAAGAUGAAUGUACAGAACAAGGGACGAAUGGAUUGUGGCUUUCAAGAGAGUAUUGCUUUCCAUCCUCAUUCUCUCCCUGACUUCAAUGACAGACUAAGAAAUGGUAUCCCCUAUAACUGCUCAAUACCUCCCAUCGGUGUUAAGAGCAAUGCUAGAGUUCCUGAAGCAAUGGAUAGUAGGCAUAUUUACAAAGGAGGUUCUGGGAAUCUCAGCAAUCAAUCUUCUGCUCAUACUGAAGCACUUGGAUUUUCAAGAACUGGCAGCUGCCCUCUCCAUGGUCACCAACUAGCACGGAGUAAUCCUAAUAACCUACAUCAGCAGCCUUCUUCUCCCAUGCUAUGGCCUAGCACGGGCCCAUUUACCAAUAAUGUACCAUCUCGCCAGUUGAUGCAAGUGCAUGGAAUUUCAAGAGCACCAUUGCGCAUGCUUGAAAAUACCAUCCCUAUGAAUCACCAACAUGUGGGAUCUGCCCCAGCUGUCAAUCCAUCAAUUUGGGAUAGACGACAUGAAUAUGCAGGGGAGAUGAUGGAAGCACCAGGAUUCCACCCUGGGAGUGUUGGAAGCAUGGGUUUCCCUGGCAGCACACAUCUGCAUCAGUUGGAAACCAAUGGUAUGUUUCCUCACAAUGGGGGCACUUUCAUGGACCCAGCUAUGUCUCCUGCACACAUGAGUGCUCCCUCUCCUCAGCGGAGGGGGCAUAUUUUCCAUCGAAGGAGCCAUGUGGCAACUAUUCCAUCCUCAUUCGAUUCUGCUGGUGAACGGAUGCGGAGCCGAAGAAACGACUCGAAUGCAAAUCAAUCUGACAAUAAAAGGCUGUUUGAGCUUGACAUUGAGCGUAUAGUCCGGGGCGAGGACUCCCGGACUACACUGAUGAUAAAGAAUAUCCCAAACAAGUACACAUCAAAGAUGCUUCUGGCAGCUAUUGAUGAAAGUCACCGGGGAACUUAUGAUUUUAUCUACCUGCCAAUUGACUUUAAGAAUAAGUGCAAUGUUGGUUAUGCAUUCAUCAACAUGAUCAAUCCUGACAAUAUUAUUCCAUUUUAUAAGACAUUUCAUGGGAAAAGGUGGGAGAAGUUCAACAGUGAGAAAGUGGCCUCACUUGCUUAUGCUAGAAUCCAAGGAAAAUCGGCUCUUGUUGCUCAUUUCCAGAACUCAAGUUUGAUGAAUGAGGAUAAACGCUGCCGCCCUAUACUCUUCCACUCCGAUGGUCCGAAUGCAGGAGAUCAAGAACCAUUCCCUGUGGGAUCGAAUGUCCGUUCCAGGCCUGGAAGGUCCAGGAUUUUGAGCUGGGAACAAAACCACCAGGACAUUGUGUCGGAUCAUACCAAAGGAGGAACUCCUCCGAGCAGGGGUGGUGGCACUCCAGGUUACAUUGACAUGGAUACUGAUCAUAUGGCUGUCGCUUGA